CACAGGAAGGUCACACCAUCCCCCACCAUCAUCAGGGUGAAGAUCUGAUGGACAUGACAGUUGAGGGGGAAGUCUCUGCCCAGCAGACUGGCAUGGAUACGUCGGCUGAGUUAUUAGAACACCAUUCUGGUUACUAUUUGAGAGAGUAUAUUCAGCAGUUAUUUGCUUCUGAGGUUAGGGAGGAGCACAGUAGCAUAGAGGGAGGGGGCAAAAGGCAGGGAAAACCAAUUGCUCCUGUAGUGUGUGGCCAAGUUUCCUUCAGUGAUGGGGAGGUGGGGGAUAAUGGUGAAAUCUCUGACCCUACCUGGUUGCCAGAUAUAGUAGAGUUAGGAAGUGAGGGAGAGGCAGAUGAUCAGAGAGGCAGGACAUCAUCCAAGAGCAACUCUCAGAGGAGAGAAGGAAGCGCACACCUCCUUCCACCAGAUGGCAGAACACCACAGGUCCAAGCCACCGUUAUCCCCCGGUCCACUCACUAUACUUCAGCUGUAUGGGCCUUUUUCAACUUCUGCCCUGAUGACCGUACCGCAGUCAUAUGCAGUCUCUGUCAGAAGCGCCUCAAGCGUGGCAAAGGCCGUCAUUUGGGUACCACGUGUAUGAAAAGACAUAUGAGCGCUUGUCACGCAGCUCUGUGGGAACAGCACCUGAUGGAUAGCGGUUGGCAGCAAAAGGGCCGCACUUGUCACCCAUCCAGCUCCUCCCUUUCUACCUCUUCCCCACUAUAUAGGACCCCCCUUCAUCCAUUAUUUCAGCACAGAGCCAGUCGCUUGGUGCAGGCCACGGUUAUCCCUCGAUGCCCUCCCCAGAGCUCAGCUGUGUGGGCCUUUUUCAACACAUGCACUGAAGACCGCACCGUAGUCGUUUGCACUGUCUGCUUAAAGCGUGUCAAGCGUGGCAAUAACGUCAGCCGUUUAGGUACCACCUGCAUGAAGAGACAUAUGGCUUCUUACCACGCAGCUCAGUGGGAGCAGCACCUGAAUUUUUUCGGUAGGCAGCAAGAAGGCCAUACUCUUCCUACAGAGAGGGAUCAACGAUUCGAGAGCUACCAGAGAAAUGACCCUGCCUCUCUGUAUUCCCGGGAUUCCACACAGGAAGGUCACACCAUCCCUCACCAUCAUCAGGUAGGUGAUUAACAAUCAUUCGAGAGCUACCAGAGAGAUGACCCUGCCUCUCUGUAUUCCCGGGAUUCCACACAGGAAGGUCACACCAUCCCCCACCAUCAUCAGGUAGAUGAUUAACAAUCAUUCGAGAGCUACCAGAGAGAUGACCCUGCCUCUCUGUAUUCCCGGGAUUCCACACAGGAAGGUCACACCAUCCCCCACCAUCAUCAGGUAGAUGAUUAACAAUCAUUCGAGAGCUACCAGAGAGAUGACCCUGCCUCUCUGUAUUCCCGGGAUUCCACACAGGAAGGUCACACCAUCCCUCACCAUCAUCAGGUAGAUGAUUAACGAUCAUUGGUAGUUGUGGUCUAUACACAAGCAAUUUUUGUUACAAUGAAUGUCUUCUUAUCUACUCAGAGUGGAAACUUCGGGGAUUAGAAUAUUGCUGCUGAAAAAAUUAAAGUUUAAAGAGGGGAAUGAGGAGUAUGGAGUGAUGACGGAGCUUUUCAGAAUCAUAUGAGGGGGAUCUCUUCAAGGACUUCAUGAUGGAGAGUCAGCUGCCCCUCGCAUCACUGGUUACUUUGGCGAGCCAGUCAGAAGGUGACAAUGGGAUCCUGAGGACGGAGGCACACUCUGCUGGAAAGAAACUUAAGGGAUACACAAAUUAAAGCCGGGGGAAUAGAUGGUGAUAAACGUGUCAGAGGGAAGUCUAGAUCCAGGAUAUGACAGUCCAUGUUGUGUGCAGUUGAUUAGACACGCUUCAGUCCAGCUUGAAGGAAAAGAGACAUGGAUACACGCCGGUCAUUGCAAGAAACUAAUAAAAUUGAAGCUACGCCUAUUUUUUUUUCACAGGUUGUCUCACAUGGGAAAACGACCCCUUUAUUUGAAUGUUGAAACUGUAUGCAGACAGAAGUAACACUGGUAAUUGUUGUACCCCACAAUGUGGGAGCUCGAACGUAAUAAAAAAAUAAAAAAACACCUUCUGGCUGCA